AUGGACGAGGAGGGCCGGUGGAGAUCGAGGCUCUUCGCCCUGCUCAACCAAGGACAAGAAGCCGGCGGCCAGGGUGAAGGUCACGGGCCCAACGGAGAAGGCGCGGUUCGCGAUGGAAGUGACGCCUGCCCCGACCAGAACGUUCCAGCGAUCAACGAGGUGACGUCUUCUGGCAUGUUCGCGCUCGACGGACCGCCAGACGUCGCGGACGUGGAGAAGCUGCAGUUUGCCUGUGACGCUGUUGCCGGGGUUCGGGGGCGUGGCGACGGUGGUUGUGAGCCAUACAUCCGGGUUUCGCGGGGUGAGUUUACCGAUUCCUUUGAGGCGUCCUUCUUUGCCAGGACGUUCCCGACCCUGUUCCCAUUUGGCGUUGGGGACCAAGAAAGGCUAGCGGCGGACAAGGUCGAGUUGGAGAGCUCGGGUAAGACGACCGAUGGUGACGUGAAGGAGCUUCUCAGGAGCCUCUCGCUUUACGGCCACCGGCAGCCCAUGUCGAGAGAGGUCCGUCUCAAUAUGCGGCGGAAAAUCCAGUCGCUCAUCGUCGGAUAUGGCGUGCCGGCCAUCUGGUUCACCAUCAACCCGAACGACAUUACGAACCCGGUGAAGCUGCGACUGGCGGCAUACCGCACACGCGAUCCCGACGCGGCCGAGGAGUUCUUAGAAGGCCUUGGGGAUGCGUAUAAGCGGGCACGGCUGGCGAUAUCGGAUCCCAUGAGCUCGGCCGUGUUCUUCCACCGCGAGAUGAAGCUGUUCUUCGAUCAUUACGUGAAGGUCGGUGAAGAGUCGGUAUUCGGGCGCAUCGGCAAGUACUAUGGCGCCGUGGAGACGAACGAACGAGGGCGCUUCAUGUUCACGGCUUGCUCUGGCUGCACGGGAACGCGCAUCUCAGCUCGAUGCUUGCCGACAUCCACGGGGAGGAUCAGGCGGCGUAUCGCGAGCGAAUCGUCCGAUACAUCGAUAGCGUCUUCUCAGAGGAUCUGGACCAGGAAAGUUUUGCGCCGUGCAAGCGGGAGAUCUGUGACGGGCGGUAUUGGUUCCCUGCUGGACAACGCCGCGCAGUUCUCGGCCGCGUUUAUCGAGGAGGCCAACUUCUGUGCCGGCGCGACGCAGGUGCACACGCAUAGCCCGACCUGUGUGAAGUACUCCUUGGGCAAGGAGGGCGGAAGGGGACCUCUGCCGGUUCAAGGCGCCAUGGAGAUCCGGAGGACACACAGCAUGGUCAAUCGAUGGAACGAGGCUAUUGCUGUCGGGCUCCGGCACAACCAUGAUAUUUCCUUCAUUGCGACGCAGCGCAAGACAAUGGCCCUCAUCUAUUAUGUCACGAACUACGCGACCAAGGUGGAGGACCCGGUGUGGAAGCGUGUGGCGGCCGCGGCCGAGCUCCUGGCCGCCUCAACAGGUGAUGGCACGGCCAACGGAGGGCGGGACGGUGGCGGAACGCUGCCACCGAUGACCCUGUCAAGGGAACAGGACGCGACAGUUCCUGAUGAGAGUGGCGAACCGCGUGUUCACGGAGCGUCCGCUAUCACAGGUCGAGUCGUCGCUCACCUUCUCGGAUAUCCGGCCGAGUUCACCGACAGCAGCGCGUGGGCGUACCUGAACUGUUCUCUGCUGUACUGGGAAGUCUUUCGGCGAUGGCGGCAUCUCCGAGAAGCCAGUGGCGCUGCGGCUACGGAUGACACCUUGGAUGAGUCGGUGCUCAGGCGGCCGGGCAAGCACGCUACCGCCUGCCUCGACGGCUACCUGAGCAAGGACUUCACCUACGAUGACGAGUCGUGCUACCGGAGGGCAGCCGUGCAGCAUCUUGCGCUGUUCGUGCCGUGGAGUCCUUCCUGGGCGAAGGAACAGCUGCUUCGACGAUCCGCCGAAGACGCAAAACGCGACGCCAAGCAAUGGGCAGCCUCGUCCGGCGAUGGCGACCCGACGGUCGCACACGUCGAGGAGGGUGGAGCAGGCGAGGCGGGCGCGGAGUCUGCAGCGACAUAUCAGCCCAACAGCAUCGGAGACGCAACGCGGCUCAUCGACGUCGUCCGAGGUGCAGUGGGAGCGAAUCAGGUGACGGCCAAGUCGCCGGAGCUCAUGGCAAUGAUACAGCAGCUCUGUCGGUUUCAGCAAUCGGCGCUGCGCUCGACGGCCGAGCUCGAGGCCACGGCGCUGAUCGAACGAGGAGAGGCGGUUAAGCAUGCCAGGGCGGGUAUUUUCCGGGGCCGCACUACCGCCGCAGGAUCAGGUCAAGGCUAUCAAGUCGCAGCAGCGUUGCGAAGGUGA